UCAAUGAAGGCUCAGGUGAAACCAAUCAAAAAGAGACAUCGACCUGUGACAUUUGCCAGUUUGGGGCAGAGUGUGAUGAAGAUGCAGAGGAUGUUUGGUGUGUGUGCAACAUUGACUGUUCUCAAACCAACUUCAAUCCUCUCUGUGCUUCCGAUGGGAAAUCUUAUGAUAAUGCGUGUCAAAUCAAAGAGGCAUCGUGCCAGAAACAGGAGAAAAUUGAAGUCAUGUCUUUGGGUCGAUGUCAAGAUAAUACAACAACAACCACAAAAUCUGAAGAUGGGCAUUACGCGCGGACAGAUUACGCAGAGAAUGCGAAUAAACUGGAGGAGAGUGCGAGAGGCAUCUACAUCCCUUGUCCAGAGCACUACAACGGCUUCUGCAUGCACGGGAAGUGCGAGCACUCCACCAAUAUGCUGGAACCGUCUUGCAGAUGUGAUGCCGGCUAUACUGGGCAACACUGUGAAAAAAAAGACUACAGCGUUUUAUACGUGGUUCCAGGUCCGGUACGGUUUCAGUAUGUCUUAAUAGCAGCCGUGAUUGGGACGAUCCAGAUUGCUAUCAUCUGCGUUGUGGUCCUCUGCAUUACCAGGAAAUGCCCCAGGAGCAACAGAAUCCACAGACAGAAGCAGAACACGGGGCACUACAGCUCAGACAACACAACAAGAGCAUCGACAAGUUCUAGUGGCAAUUUUGAGUCUACUGAACUCAGUAGUAGGGUUUUGAGUUGGUCGAAGAUCAGCGACAAUUAUGGAUGUGGGAAAGGUGAAGAAUAAUUUAACCUUCAUUGAGGAGGGAUAAAAUAUUUCAGACUCGGAGUCAACUACAUUUCAUCAGCCUUCUUCUCCCAUAUCAUCAUUCACUCCCCCAUAGCUUAGGAAACCUUUGCUUUCUAAAUUCAGUUCUCACUGAAGGGGGAAUGGAAA